UGUCUUUCUUGCACAAAGCGUCUCUGAGAAGGCAGCGGAUUUUUGGUCUGCGUGAAACUUUCUCUGGUGGACCCCUGAGCAUGGAAUGAUCAUUACACAGAACUUCCUGCAGAUUAACAGCAGAAAUCCAUGCUGUGAGCAUUCAGUUCUGAGUGUUACAGAUGCCUUUUGAAUAUGGAUUUCCAAGGAAUUAAUGUCUGGAGAAGGUCUCUGUUAGAUAUGACAUCAUAGCCUCCAUAAAUAAUGCAUCAUAAAAUACUCUGCAAGCAACCAGCCCCAGACAUCUGCACCGUGGGGCUGCACCCAUCUGCGAAAUAAUGGCUUUUACUGAAGCCAGGAACCACAUGGAACAGUAUAAAUACACCCAUGACAGUGACGGUAGUUCCAGCAGCAGCCGCCAGAGCCUCAAGAACACAGCCAAAUGGGCGGCCUCCCUGGAGAAUCUGCUGGAAGACCCAGAAGGCGUGAAGAGAUUUAGGGAAUUUUUAAAAAAGGAAUUCAGUGAAGAAAAUGUUUUGUUUUGGCUAGCAUGUGAAGAUUUUAAGAAAACACAAGAUAAGAAGCAGAUGCAGGAAAAGGCAAAGGAGAUCUACACGACCUUUCUGUCCAGCAAGGCCUCAUCACAAGUCAACGUGGAGGGACAGUCUCAGCUCAAUGAAAAGAUCCUGGAAGAACCGCAUCCUCUGAUGUUCCAGAAACUCCAGGACCAGAUCUUCAAUCUCAUGAAGUACGACAGCUAUACCCGCUUCUUAAAAUCUGACUUGUUUUUAAAACACAAGCGAACCGAGGAAGAGGAAGAAGACCUGCCCGAUGUGCAAACUGCAGCUAAAAGAGCUUCCAGGUCUGGGCGCGGUGGCUCACGCCUAUAAUGCUAGCACUCUGGGAGGCCAAGGCAGAGGAUCACUUGAGGUCAGGAGUUC